AUGCAAGAGAAUCAAGAUGAUCAACAGAAUCUGGAGGAACGGAGAAAGAGUGAUAUUGAGGAGGAGAGGAACGAGGCUAGUCCGAGAGUUGAGAAGCAGAGGAGAGAGUCUCAAGACAAUCUACAGAAAGAAAGAUUAAGGUCUCAGGAGAAUCAUAAUAAUCAACAGAAUCGGGAGGAAAAGAGAAAGAGAGAUAUUGAGAAGCAGAGGAGGGACGCUCGUUUGAGAACUGAGCAGGUCUCUCGGAAGCGAAGCGUAAGAGGUCGAAUUCGUAACGGCGGGAGGGACAUCUGCGUGAGCGGAAAUGAAAGAGUGGGAUUUAAGGAGUUGAUGGAGUCCUUAAAAGUAGCUAAACUUGAUGGGAAGAUGUACGUCGUACACGGAUGUGUACAUGCGCUGUUGAUAUGGGCAUAUGAGGCUAUUCCAAUAAUAGGUGAGAAAUUUAGUAAGAGACGAGCAAACAUUGAAAUCCCAUUACUUCGGUGGGAAUCAUGUCGCAACAGAUACAAUCUGGAAGCAAUAGUGGAAGAAGAGAAGAAAAAAACCGGUCUGGAUAAGGUUCGAGUUAGGCAGUUAGUGUUGAAACCUCUGGAAGAGAUAUAUCCCGUUUGGACAGGCGAAGAGGCAGGAGGUGAUAUCAAGCUUGAUAACAUGAUUCGUGAUAUUGUUGGAGGCUGUCUGGAUGAAAGUUUUCUAUCUAAAAAGAAAAGGAGUUAUACCAAAAGAGUGGAGACUGUCCAGACGGCUCUAUCGAGAAACAGCGCCCAACCGCGCAGUCCGGCUGGCCGAGGAACGCAUGUUCCGCGCUCGGCCAAAACUGUCCGUCCGUCUGAAGUCUCGGCCAAAGUCCAAACCGCUCGGCCGAUCACGCAUCACGACCCGGGAAACUUAAGCCCGCGGUCGGCCACGCCACAACCGCCACGCCACAACCGCGCACGACCAAAGCGCGCGAGCCGGGAAGUAACUCGCGGCCGCGCAACUCGCUCACGUACCGGCCGAACGCUCCGUCCGACCCGGGGAACUAUCCCGCGUCCGGCCGAGAGAUUUCAUCGGCCAAUCUAUCCGUCCGACCACGCCGGCCGACCGUGA